UCCGCCUUCCAGCCUUCCAGCCUUCCAGCCAUCUCCUCUUUGCAAAACUCGUGACGGAAAAGCCAAUCCGAGCCCGACGACCCAAGCAUAAAAGCCCCGUCACCGCGCCGCCGCCGCACGUGCGGUCUUCCGCCGAGAGUGAUCCCGUCGUCAUCCGUGGACCUUUACAUCACAGCAGCACACGAAUACGACGGCCGUGGUUCAAAUAGCUGACAGCCUGACCAAUCCAUCUUUUCACACCUAUCACACACCCAUACACUACUGUAAACACGACCAACCAUCAUGUCCGGCAACGACGAUUCGCCGCAGAUCCUUCGGCCCCUCCCCCGCCGACCCUUCGACCUGAACUUCACCCCCGCAUCAGGCAGCGACCACUCGUACUCGCACCCCUCGACGCCCGGGCAAGGACAGCAGCACGCGUACGACGGGCCGGGGCCGAGCCUAGCGGCGCAGCUGGACGCGCGCCUGGCCCGGCAGGGCAGCAGCUCCGCCCUCAGCGACGCCGACGGCCCGCCGCCCUCCCGCUCAAAGAGCAUCCUCAACCUCACCUCCGGCGCCCUCUUCGGCAUAUACCAGGCGACGACGGGGGACGGGGGCCGCGAGUCGGAGCCCGCGACGCCGUGGGGCACGGGGGCGGAGACGCCCGCGCGCAGCGAGCGCGGCGGUGCGGGCGCCGCGGACCUCGAUUGGGAGCAGUUGCGCGCGGCGGCGAGCGGGGUUGCAAACGGAGCGAGGGGGCCGGCGGCAGUGGCUGCGAGUGCGGAUAAGGGCGAGGAGAGGGCGCGGCCGGGCUCGCUGCUGCGGACGACGAGCACGACUUCGAGCAGCGGGGGAGGGGCGGCGGCGACGGCGCUCCCGCUGGCGGCCCGCGCCGCGGCGCUGUUUGUCUUUGGCGUGGCUUAUGGUGUCAUUGUGAGCCAUUUGCAUGAUAACCGGCACAUUUCGCCGGUGCGGGUCGAGGGCAUCCCGCGCGGCCACUGGGGCUACCUCGUCUUCUGGGGCGUGGCGGGCGUGGCGCUGGGCAGCUUGCUGCCCUGGGUCGACGUGAUGUGGGAGGGGGCGAGCGAGGAGGCGGCAGCGCAGCAAACGAAGAAGAAGAAGAGGUCAGCGGCGGUGGUGGAGGAGGAGGAACGACGGAAGCGGAAGGCGGGCGAGGCUACCGACGACUGGAUUCGGGUGGUCCGGAGCGUGGGUGCGUUCGUCGGCAUUGCGUUUGCUAUUCGCCGCCUCCCCUGGCAAUCCACGCUGCAAGUGUCGCUGACGCUCGCCCUCGUCAACCCCGCCCUGUGGUACCUGCUCGACCGCUCCAAACCGGGCUUCACUCUCUCGACGGCCGUCGGGCUCUCCGGCACAGCCGUAGUGCUCCUUCUAGGCCCUGAGAUGUUUGGCGUGCCCAGCCCGCCUAUCGUCGAGGCCCUGAAUGUGGGCUUGAGGGAUAGUGCUGGUGGCGCGGAUGCGGGUAGGGGCGGCUGGAGCGCCGAGGCCGGCUAUGAGGGGCUGGGCGCCGCAACCUGGUUCGCUAGUGUGCUGUUUUGCAGCACGGUGUGCUUUGGGAAUAUUGGACGGAAGCUGGCUAUUCGGCGGUAGGGGGGAGUGGGUGAGUGUGGGUGUGAGGGGCUGUUGAUGAGUGAGGUGCUGUGGUGGUUGUGGGUUUGUUCUGGUUGUUGUGGGCUGGUUGGGCUGGUUGGGCUGGGUAGAGCUGGGCUUUCACUUGAUGUCGUGUCGUUAGGUCUAGGUCGGAGCAUCGUCUCGUAGGUCUCGUCUCGUUUACUUCAUGUCCGCAUACCGCAAAAGCUGGCCGUGAUGUCUCCGGUAGCCAAAUCAUUCUGCAUGGCGAGCACGCCGUUAUGGUAUCAAAUACAUGACUGAG